CGGGGUAAACAUGUCCCUCACGUGUCUCCGUCGUCUCUCCCCGCUACCUGUGUGGAGCUAAACAUGGCAGAAGCGCCCCCAUGGCCCAGCCGCUUCUUCUGUCACAGAUGCUCGGCGGAGAUCAGUCCACAGCUUCCUGAGUAUACGUGUCCAAGAUGUGACUCUGGGUUUAUUGAGGAGCUGCUGGAAGAGAGAAGUGCUGACAAUGGCUCCAUGUCUAACAUCUCCAGCGGGCCCCAGAACCAGCAACCAUUUGAGAAUGUGGACCAGCACUUAUUUACAUUCCCUUCAGGCUAUGGUCAAUUUUCCUUCAGUGUCUUUGAUGAUGGCUUUGACUUUGGUCCUGGACUCGGAGCAGAAGACAACCGAGAUGCUGAAAACCGACGGGAAAGAGAAACCACCUCACGGCAACGGUAUGGCGUCAGACAGCCUCGAAGUCGUCACAGUUCACGGCGACAGCCAGGGAGGCACGAGGGAGUCCCUACUUUAGAAGGAAUUAUUCAGCAGUUAGUGAAUGGAAUAAUUGCACCUACAGCCAUGCCAAAUAUCGGUGUUGGACCCUGGGGUGUUCUUCACUCAAAUCCUAUGGACUAUGCCUGGGGUGCUAACGGGCUCGAUGCUAUUAUAACACAGUUAUUAAAUCAGUUUGAGAACACAGGCCCUCCACCUGCUGAUAGGGAUAAAAUAAAAAGUCUUCCCACCGUACGGAUUACAAACGAACAUGUUGUUUCAGGCCUGGAAUGUCCAGUGUGUAAAGAAGAUUACAGUGUUGGAGAAAAUGUGAGGCAGCUUCCGUGCAAUCACAUGUUCCACAAUGAUUGCAUAGUCCCCUGGCUGGAACAGCAUGACACUUGUCCAGUAUGCAGGAAGAGCUUGAGUGGACAAAACACAGCAACAAACCCUCCAGAACUAUCAGGGAUGAACUUUGCCCCCUCCUCUUCAUCCUCCGCAUCCUCUUCAUCGUCCUCUACCCCUCAGUCUUCAAGUUCAACCAGCAACGAGAACUCGACCGAUAACUCGUAGAAGGGGUGUUAGUCCUUAUCACCCUAUAAAGCUGUUAAAGCUCUAAGGCUGCUGCACUUCAGAGCAGUGACCUUAAAUCCCUCCCUGCAGUAGGGCAGAGGCCUGAGUGCAUCUCGGCUGGAGCACUCAGGCCUGAUUCAGGGGUAAGUUAUACAUGUGUUCAUGUAUUUCUGCUCGUCAAGUUGACUCCACCGUCAUCAGGAAUCUGAACAAUGAAAGGGUGGAGGCCUGAAGUGCAGCUUCUGUCAGGGAAGAUGUGGAGAAGCAUGGAAACUUCACGAGGCUCGAUUUGUUUGAAGCACCUCAUACAAGAAGAGAAAAUAAAGGAAUCCAAAGCUGGAAGACUAUGAAAAGCAAAAAAAAAAAGGCAUUUUUUAAAAACAUUUCUAGACUUGUUUAAGAUACGGUAAUUCACUUUUGCCCAGUUGCGCAGUUAUUCUUUUUUUUCUUUUUCUAAUGAGUAGCAUUCAUAUCUCAGUGACUCAAAGUGCACGACUGUGCACUGCUAAGUUAUGCACUAAAAGUCUUUAUGGUUUGCAAGAAUAUUACAACUGGUUUUUGUCUCAAAUUAAAUUGAUGAAACCUAUUUAAUCUAACUGUUUAAGAUUGCAGUCUUGUUUCCUUUUUUUUUUUAAACUUUAUUACAUUAGACACAAGGAUUUAUUUGAAUUGCAGCUGCAAGAUUAAUGCAUUCGCAUUGGCAACUUUGUGACAUUUCCGUGCAUUUAUGCUUUUUAACUUGCAGAUAAAUUUAAUAUUUUCUUAAGUUGCCAGUUUAAACACAAAUAAUUUUAAAUAUGGUCGUGUACGUCAAAAAUUAAUUGAUCUGAAAGUGGAAAUAAAAGUUUUUGGUGUUAUUACUCAUUUCAUACAAAAUUUUCUUUGAAUGCAAAUAUACAUCUUUAAAGGCUAAAUCAAACGCAACAGUACUCAUAAAAAUUGACUCAAAGACUGCUGUUGUAAAAGUUAUUACUAAUAAGUGCAUUUCAUGUGUGCAUAACUGGGACGUAAGGCAAGUGUUUUAUGUCAUACUUGAUUGUUCGGUGUGACUACAAGUGGAUUUCAUUAAUUACUAAAAAAGAAAAACUGAUUUUAAAAUCUUCAAAGGCUCAAAAGGUUUGUCACUUUUUUCUAAUACCAAAUAAACAAAAGAUAGUGUGGUGAACUUUUGUAAACUUUUUGUAUAGGCAGGACGUUAGCUGCUCUGGUUUGUUUACCAGACUAAAUUAUUUGUUCCUUUUUCUUUUCCUUUUUCUUUUUUUUUAUGCCUCGUAGACAACCAGGGAACAAUAAUCCCAUUAGUGAACACUUUGGGAUUUGUUUUCAAUGCAUAAUAUGGGUGUCACAUCAUUUUGUACUUUCAAAGUAAUGGCAGGUCCAAAGGUAUGCAGAUAGUAAACAACAUCUGUUUGAAAUCAUUGAGUGCUGCACUCUUGUGCUAAAUAUAUUUAAUCAGCCAAUUACAUUCUGCUUCCUUUUAUUGUUUUGCGGUAUGGGUGUAUUUCCUCUUCAUUGUACCUUUGUUGUCCCCUGGGAUUUAAGGUUCAGAGGGCUUUAUCCAGGGUGAUUGUGUUAGAACAUAGGUGGACACACAUGAUUUAAAAAAUUUGACUUGAGACUUUGGGUUGGACUGUACAAUGUAAGAUUGUUGAAUUAUAUCCCAUUUUUGACAUGGUUGGUAGGAAGUGUGGCUUUUUGAUUAUCAUAGCUGAUAGCAUGAAAACGUAAUCUUAUGUUUUAUGACUAUGUUCAGUGACACCACUGUGGACUCGAUUGCGUCCAGCUACCAACUUACUUCAUUGUAUUAGAAUUGUGAAAAUAUCUAUAUUUUCUGGUGAUGCAGUAUGAAUUUUUAAUUGACUUGGAUUUUGAGAAAAUAUAUAAGCCAUCUAAUGACUGUUGAAUGAAAAAAAAAAAGUGAAAAGCCAGUUUUUUGUUGUUUUUUUUUUAUCAGGUUGUCAUCACUUUUCUUUUUUAGUUGCAAAUGAAAGGAUUCUGAAAAUAUGUGGAUGAUGAUCUCAAAUAAAAGUUUUUAGUCUAGGAUUUUGGUCUGGGGAAUCAUCAACACUUUCCACUUUCCUUGGAAUAACAACACUUUACUUGGAAAUAUUUUGCAAGAAAUUGACGAUGGCUUUUUGUUCCCCCUCUCACUCUUGACAUUAAAAUU